AUCACAACACUUGGAACUUUAGUGUUGGCAUUUCAAGCUCUUGGUAGCAUUAUUUUUGGUGAUAUUGGCACGUCGCCACUUUACGUGUUCUCGAGUAUCUUUAAUACUCGUCCAACGGAUCCGCGUGAUGUUAUGGGUAAUGUUUUAUUACAUAUUGGCGAAUUUGUGACUAUUAUUCCAUUACUUAAAUAUGUAUUGAUUGUGAUUAAAGCGGAUGAUCAUGGAGAAGGAGGAACUUUUGCACUUUAUUCUUUAAUAGCACGAUAUUCUGGGCUCGUAAUUCGUGGAGAAUCAAGAAAGGAUGAUUUGACUAUUGUAAACUAUGACGCGAUCUCUAUACAAAGCCAUAAGGAUACACCGAAUUUUAUCAAUAGAAAUAAAAAAAUACAAGGAGUUUUACUUCUCUUCGUAAUAUUUGGAGCCUCAUUAGUGUUAGGUGAUGGCUUGCUCACACCUGCCAUAUCGGUCAUUUCUGCGGUUGAAGGAAUGAUAGUUCAAGCACCUAGUUUGGAAAAUGCUGUGGUCCCGAUAUCCUGUGUUAUUAUAGUGGUACUUUUUAUUGCACAGCAAUACGGCACAAAUAAAGUAAGCAAGUGUUUUGCACCAAUAAUCUCAUUAUGGCUGAUAUCUUUAGCUUCGAUCGGUAUCUGGAAUAUCACUGCAAAUCCAUCAGUAAUGAAAGCAUACAACCCCUAUUACGCGUUCGAUUUCUUUAUACGCAAGGAUUCUGCUGGUUUUCAUGUGCUUGGAGGUGUCUUACUUUGUAUAACUGGGGUUGAAGCUCUCUAUGCAGAUUUAGGACAUUUUAGUCGACGUGCCAUCGAAAUAUCAUUUUCCUCAAUGGUUUAUCCGCCUCUGGUGCUUGCGUAUAUGGGACAAGCGGCGAGAAUUAUUGAUGACCCAGAUAUUUUCGACAAUGUUUUUUGGCUUACUAUUCCUCAAACAGCAUUCAUCUACUGGUUAACUUUUGUUCUUGCAAUUCUUGCUACUAUUAUUGCAUCCCAAGCAAUGAUUUCUGCCACGUACACGUUAAUCCAUCAGGCUAUGCGAUUGGAUUGUUUUCCGAGAGUAAAGAUUAUUCAUACGUCUCGUCAUCACCAAGGACAAAUUUAUAUUCCAGAAAUUAAUUGGAUUUUGAUGGUGAUAAUUUUAUUAGUCAUUAUCGCCUUCAAAAAAUCAGCGAAUCUAACAAAUGCAUACGGUGUCGCAGUUGCCUCUGUCAUGCUGAUAACCACUUUCUUACUUUCAACAGCGAUUCACGUAGUGUGGAAAUUUCACACAGUUGUGGCUAUAAUAUUUUUCUUAAUCUUUGGGUUAAUUGAUGGCGCAUUUUUAGGUUCCACCUUGCAAAAAGUACCAGACGGUGGUUGGUUUACCUUAUGUUUCGGUGUAAUAAUGAUGUGUGUAAUGGGUACUUGGAAAUGGGGUACAAAACUCCGAGUUGAAUAUGAAUUAAAAAAUAAGACAAGGCUUGACAAUUUGUUUACUGAAGAUUUUGAUUCUGGAGCCGCAUCAUUGGAAAAUAGUAGUACAUCUAAUGUACCCGCAAAUCAGAAAAUCACCGACAGCAACAGCAAAAAUGAAGAAAUCACAUCAACUACAGUUACGAUACUACAACCUCGAAGAAAUCAACUGCGAUUAUUAGGAAGCGGAUUCCAAGUACAUCGAUUGCCUGGAAUUGGCAUGUUUUAUCAAGAUUCAGGCCUGGGUGUCCCAUUGUCAUUCAGUCACUUUAUCCAGCAUCUGCCGGCUGUUCCGGAAACACUGAUCUUUAUUUCAAUACGACCAGUCGCCGUUCCAUAUGUAGGUGAAGAAGAUCGACUAGUAGUGCACAGAGUCGGGCUCUAUGCCGGAAUUUACAAAGUUAUCGCAAGAUACGGGUACAUGGAACCUAUUUCUCAAUCACGUGACUUUAUCCAAAAACUAGUAGAAGCUAUUUGUGUUAUUGAUCCCGAACAAGAAUCGCUAAAACCGGAAGUAUAUCCCGAAGACCAGGUAGUCACUUAUGUUGUUAGUCAGCAGCGAGUUCUUCCGAAUUCUGGUAGUUGGUUCAGAAAAGCGGCGUUGAAGUUUUAUGUGUUUCUGGCAAAUAACUCGAGCAAGCCGCAUAGUGAUUGGCAUAUUCCCCCUGAAGAUAUUAUCGAUGUUGGUAUGAGCAUACCUUUGUAA